AUGAGUGGCACUGCCAUGUUGCCAGGAGUCGGUGUGUUUGGCACAGGGAGCACAGCCCGGGUGCUGGUCCCAUUGUUGAAAGCUGAAGGCUUUGAGGUUCAUGCACUCUGGGGACGAAGCGAAGAGGAAGCAUGCUGCUUGGCCAAAGAGCUUGGCAUCCCAUUUCACACCAGCCGAUCUGAUGAUGUCCUGCUGCACCAAGAUGUCAACCUUGUUUGCAUCUAUAUUCCACCCUCAAUGACGAGGCAGAUUGCUGUCAAGGCACUGGGUAUAGGUAAGAAUGUUGUGUGUGAGAAAGCUGCAACUGCCGUGGAUUCAUUCAAGAUGGUGACUGCAGCCAGAUACUACCCCCAACUGCUCAGCAUCAUGGGUAAUACCCUGCGCUUCCUGCCAGCUUUUGUUGCAAUGCGCCAGCUGUUGGUGGAGGGAUAUGUCGGCGAAAUGCAGGUGUGCGAUGUCCGAGUCUACGGCCCAAGCCUCCUGGACCAGUCGUACGGCUGGACCUGUGAGGAGCUGAUGGGAGGAGGUGGUCUGCACACUGUCGGCUCUACCAUCAUCGACCUUUUAAGUUACCUGACUGGUGCUCGAGCCCAUCGUGUACACGGCUUACUGCGGACCUUUGUACAACAAAACGGUUUGAUCCGAGGCAUCCGCCGCGUAACCAGUGAUGAUUUUUGUUUCUUCCAAAUGUUGAUGGGUGGAACUGGGUCCAGCUCUGGUGGCGUGUGUUGCACCGUGACCCUGAACUUCAACAUGCCAGGGUCAUUUGUGCACGAGGUUAUGGUAGUUGGAUCCACUGGGAGGUUGGUUGCCAGGGGGACUGAACUGUAUGGUCAGCGCAAUGGGAGUAAAGGUGAGGAGCUGUUGCUAGGCGACAGUGGGUGGGUGGGACCAGAGGUGAAAGAGAUGCCUCUGCCUCACCUGCGGGGGCUGGGCUCCAUGGUAAAGGCACUGAGACAGUCUUUUCAGGCUCACGAGGAGCGCCGGUCGUGGGCGCGAGGACCAGUUGCCAUGGCACCAACAUUUGAGGAUGGUCUGUAUGUGCAGACGGUGGUCGAGGCGGUGAAACGGUCCAGCUGUAGUGGGGAAUGGGAGUGUGUUGAGAUCAUGAGUCAAGAACCAGAUCCGAACCACAACCUGUGUGAGGCUCUGCAGAGAAAUAAGAACUAAAUAUAUUUAUACACCCAGUGCAACUACUACAACUCUGACAAACUGGGCUCUGAAUGUUGCUCUUUUAAUUCUGCUGCUUUGGCAGUUUACAUUACACAUGACUACUUUGCGUUUUCACAUUUUGAACAGAAUAUUUUGGUUGAGAGUAUAUAACUGUGUGUUGGAUGUUUGUCCCCUCACAGUUUCUAUUGUUUGUACACUAAAUUGUCAUCCACAGCUCCAUUAUUCUGAUUCUCACCAGAAAAUAUUAUAAAAUCUGUAUAUUUUGCUCAAGUAUGCCAAAAUCUACCAUGUCAAAAAGUAGACAGUCUUUAUUGUCACUGAAGCUUGAAGUCUUGGAGUCAUGGUGACAAAUUUCUUUUAAUGUAGAAAGCAAAAUGCACAGUCCAAAUAAGUACCUUAUCCUUGGAGUAAGACAAGAACAUAGCUCUUCCUCAAGCAUAACUGAAAAUUUUUUUUCCCAUUUUUCAAGAGGUUUUAGGAAAGUUACCAAAGCGGCAGCUGUAGCGUAUGCUAGAGUUGGAGGUUAUCAUGCUCUAUGAAAUAGCCAACUAGGCAUCAGCACUGUCAGUCCAAAAACUGGCUCACAAACAUAUACACAUGACUGUCUUCUAACAGCCCUAUGCUCAAUUUGGGGUCAUGGCCAGUAAUUGAGAAUCACAGGUUUUUGUACUGUGGCAGUUAGUAAAUGGUCACUAACAAUGUUUGCACAGUUUGUCCAAGCUGUUAAUUCAAACACUGUGUGAAGUUAAAAUCUUACUGCAGGUUUACAGUCCAGCUGAGAUAAUGUUUGAAUCUCUAUUGUACAUAAACUUAUAUAUUUAUAGAUAUUUUGGCAUUAAUGUGUUCCCAACACCAAUAGCACCUUAUUCUGAGUGGAAGCGUUUACCUCAUACAUGUCUGUGAAUAUCUAAGCAUGAGGACGAUUUGACUAACAAAAUACUUUCACUGGUUUCAGUGUGAUGACUGUCAGAAUUCAAAUGAUUCUCCAGUGGAGAUCAACCUCUGUAAAACUAAGAAUAAGAAUAAUGGAGCUGUGUAGAGUUUUUUUGUUGUUGUUUUUUUAAACAUGUAAUAUUAAGCAUAAAUUUAGAUUGUUGAAAAGGUUGCAAGGGGGGUUAGUAGGUGUCUAUGUUAUGACCUGUCACAGCAUACAUAAGAUACCAGUACCAGGGACUGAGCAAAAUAAGCUAUAUGUAGAACAGAAAAAUUAAAAAGUCUGAUUUGUAGCAUUGCCCCUUAAAAUGCCCAUUUGGUACUUGAUUUUAAAUUGAUCUUUUGAGUAUCACUCACCCUAUAAGCUAGAAAAGAGGUUGUAAAAAGUUGUAAUGUCCUGCGUCACAGACAGAGCAGAUUCUGGUGAGCUGGAUUCUGUUACAGUGGACUUCAGUAGUGGCAAGUUUUCACCCACAACAGCAUCAUCUCAGUAUUUUCAGUCAUAAUCUCAACAAAAUGCUACAUCCAGAUAAAAGGACGGUGAUAGCAUAACACAGAUUCCCUGUUUUUAGUAAUAUUUGGGGUAGAUGUUGACUGUUUGGACAUAUGUAAAGACAGAGGUGAAGUGGAUUAAGUUUCAGUGGGAUUAAUAUGAUUGUUUGGUUCCUGUUUUUCCACUGAGUCAGUGGAAAAAAAAAAACUUGUCACCAAUGAUCAUCUAUUCAACCACUGAAAUUGACUGAAGGAGGAAACUUUCAACACCCUCAUGUUGAGCUUAAUCAGAGGACAGAUUAUAGGUGGAACAACCUGUCAAAUCUUUUUAAAAGUGACCUUUUAUUGUUAAAACUGUCAAAGUUUAAGAUACAAAGCCUGAGUUUAAAAUGUGUGUAAAACAUUUGUUUUACAUGUGUUAACCAUUUAAGUAAUUUUAACAUGUUUUUACAAGACAUUGUUUCAUGCAAACUAUGCAUUUAAAGUUAGUACAGAUGUUUAAAUCAAGAGGGUGGGGCCACCACCCUCCCACUUACACCAGUCAUCCUGAAACCUUGCUGAUCUUUUCAUUGAGUAGAACCACUGGAUUUGACAUGCGUGAGAGCAGAAAUGUGUGCCUCUGUAACAUGUUCAGACAAAGAGGCAGGAAGUGUUUACGGUUGUUGUAGUCACUCACUGCAUCUCAGUUCUGCUGAAUAUUCUAUAAAAUACUGAAGACAGCACCCUUCUUAGUCCCACGCAGGAUAUGCAAAUAAAGACACAUACACAUUAAGCGCUUACCUCACGCUAUCCCAACAGUGCUUUACAAAAACCCUGAAUCAAGUUUACAUUAAGUGUCUUUAACACAUUUGCCUGCAGGAUGCUCCAUAACCCACCACUAUUAAGACACAUUCCAACCGAGUUUGUUAACAGUUAUUUUUGUUUGGUUUGGGGUUUUUUUUGCACUGAUAACUGAUAAAAUGCCGCCUAUUUAAUGUGCAGUGUAAUGCUUGUAUCAGCCAGCUCACUGCAAAAAUGAAUUUAACAUUUGUCUGUAUAAGAAAUACUUUUUGUAUUUAUUUAUGUCUUGGUGUGGAGGAAGUUUCCCUUCGUUCAUUCUGCUCAGUGUUUAUGUUUUCACCCUGUGAAUUUCUGUUUAAAGCUGUAAUAUUUAUCUUGUUUAGCUUCAGUGUUGUUUUAACUGAUCAAAUGGCUUUUUGAGCACGAUGUGUUGCAUUUAAGUCGAGAAACUGUACUGUUCAUCUGCCUGACAGAUAUUUCCUUUAAUAAAUACAGUUGUCUUCAUGUA